GUGUUCAAUUAUCUAUACACAUACAUCAUUCAAUCAUGAAUCACAAUGUUCUUUCCAAGUUAUUAUUCUUUUCUCUAAUUCUAUUAUUAUGUAAUGCUUCUGAUGAUCAUCGGCUAGCUUAUAUAAUACACAUGGAUGUAUCGGCAAAGCCAGCUCCCUUCUCCGACUUGGAGAGUUGGCACAUGUCGAUACUGUCAUCUAUUUCUUCAUCCACGUUUGGCGAAAAACCGGCAACACACCUAUACUCAUACAGUCAUGUCAUACAAGGCUUUAGUGCGGUACUAUCACUUCGACAACUUGAGAACAUCAAACAAGUCCCUGGUCAUGUAGCAACUUAUGCCGACUCGUAUGGCAAAUUACACACCACACACACACCCCAGUUCCUCGGCCUGAGCUCUGGCUCCGCGCUCUGGCCGGCUUCCAAUUAUGGCAAUGGCAUGAUCAUUGGUAUGAUAGACACCGGAAUUUGGCCCGAAAGCCAGAGUUUUAAUGAUGAUGGACUGCCUCCAGUGCCGGAGAGAUGGAAAGGAACAUGUGUAACAGGUACUGAAUUCAACUCUUCACUCUGUAACAGGAAGUUGAUUGGAGCAAGAUACUUUAGCAAAGGACUUAAGCAGGCCGGAAUUAACAUAUCAAAUGCCGAUGAUUAUGAGUCACCUAGAGACUAUGAAGGCCAUGGUUCUCACACUUCGUCCACCGCAGCCGGAAGUCCAGUCUCCGGUGCCAAUUACUUUGGUUACGCACCGGGCACCGCCAUUGGAAUGGCACCAAAAGCCCACAUUGCCAUGUACAAAGUUUUAUUUGCCGCAGACACGUGGGAUUCGGCAGCCACCGAUGUGCUAGCCGGAAUGGACCAAGCAAUAAUUGACGGAGUUGAUCUCAUGUCAUUGUCACUUGGCUUCUUUAAAACACCAUACCACGAUGAUAUUGUUGCAAUGGGAGCUUUCGCGGCAUUGAAGAAGGGUAUCUUUGUUUCAUGCUCUGCAGGGAAUGAUGGUCCUCAUGCCUAUACAAUCAUCAAUGGAGCUCCAUGGCUAACAUCAGUUGCUGCAGGGAAAAUAGACAGAGAAUUCGUUGCCACUGUGAACCUGGGCAAUGGAGAUAAAAUCAUCAGAGGAUUAUCAGUCUAUCCAGAGAGAUUAUUUGUAUCAAAUGUAUCACUUUACUAUGGACUGGGGAAUACCAGUAAAGAGUCUUGUAGUAGCCUAUCUCUGGACAAAAACGAAGUUGCCGGAAAGAUAGUCUUCUGCACUCUGACAGACGACGUUAAUGUCUACUCUCAGAUGGAUGAAGUGUUAAGAGUUGAAGCCGAAGGAGCCAUCUGUGUUUCUGAUCUUGGAGAAUUUUUGUUUCCAAAAGAUUACUUCAUGCCAUUUGUUGUUGUGAGUACGUCGGAGGGUCAGUUGAUCAAGAAAUACAUCACAGGAACAACUAACAUGGCAGCAGUUAGUAUCACAUUCAUAGAAACAGAGCUUGGAACAAUGCCUGCUCCAAAGGCUGCUUUCUUCUCCUCUCGGGGACCGAGUCGAAUAAGCCCGGGAAUCCUGAAGCCUGACAUACUGGCUCCAGGGAUUAACAUCUUAGCUGCCUGGGCACCGAACAGAGCUUUCGCUCCAAUUGGCAAUGACUAUCUAGUCACAGACUAUGCAUUGGUCUCUGGUACUUCCAUGGCCUCCCCUCAUAUUAUCGGCAUUGCAGCCAUAAUCAAAUCGGUGCACAGGAACUGGAGCUCGGCCGCAAUUCGGUCAGCAAUGAUGACCACUGCUGAUACGGCUGAUAACACUGGAAAACCGAUCAUUGACAUGAUCAGCGGUAUAGCGGGAUCACCGCUGGAAUAUGGAGCAGGGCAUAUAAACCCCAACAAAGCCAUGGAUCCAGGCCUUGUCUACGAUAUCACUGUGCAAGACUACAUUGAUUUCCUGUGUGGUCUAAACUACACUAGUCUUCAGAUUGGAAUGAUCAUUGGAAAGGCUAACUACACAUGUAUCAGGGCCAACCUUGACUUGAACUAUCCUUCAUUCAUGGUAAUCCUCAACAAUACAAACACAACAACUGGUACAUUCAAGAGAGUUCUGACGAAUGUUGGGAGUUCUGUAACAAGUAGUUAUCGUUCAGUGGUAAGAGUGCCGGAAGGGAUGAAGAUUUAUGUAGAGCCUCAGACACUGAUCUUCAACGAGUGGAAUAGCACUCAAGAGUUCUCAGUCAGGGUUGACAUAGACCUGAGUAAAUCUACUGGACCACAGAGUGAAUACUUGGGGAAUUAUGGUUAUCUAAGCUGGAAUGAAAUUGGAGGCGAGCAUGCUGUCACUAGUACAAUUGUGUCUGCCUUUGCACCAUGAAGGAAAGAUAAUAUUCUUGUUUAAUUCUACUAGUAUAUUUGUUCUAGUCUUCUUGAAUAGUAAAUAAAGGAAUUUAGCUCCACUAAGUUCAUAAAAACUAGGAAGAAUGUUAAAAUCUUGCACUAUUGGAUAAUUCUGCAUUCAGUCAAUGACCAGACAGC